AUGCCAUCAGUGUAUCAAGAUCCUAAAGAGGGCCUUGAUGCCUCCUCUAGCUCCUCUAGCUCCUCCUCUGGAGCCCAAUGCUUUGCACAGACUCAAGCUUCUCUGAACGAUAACAGUUCUAAGCCAGCAGUAGUCACAAGUGCCCCAAUUGUGAUCAGCAAUACUACCAAUAACAGCAUAACCACGGAUGCCGUGGACCUUUCCUCAAUUCCGACUGUAGUUGGGAACAAUGGCUCGGUGAGCUCGUUUAUUGAGACUGCUAUCCCUAUUCAGCCUCAGUUCGGCAACCAAGCAUUAGCAGGGAGCCUCAACGGCACUGAAUGUGAUGUGCAAAACCAACUGCAGGAACAUAUCCAGGUUCUCGCCAUGUAUGAACAAGCUCUUCUGUCUUCCAAUAUAGGUCAAACCUUUUCGGAUAUGAACUUGUGCAUCGAAGAGCAAGCUGAAAACCGGCAGAUGGAGCUUCAGGUCCUGAUGCAGCAACAGCAGCAACAGUUAUCAUUCAUGGGUGGAUACGAUGUAGCUGUCACUAGUAGUGGCUCUGCGAUGGACCAGCAUUUGGGGACCUUGAUGGCCCCAAAUCCAGCUCUAGUUGCUUCCGUAAACGUCAGUCAAAACGACCAUGGCCCUUGUAUUGAUUCCCCACAGCAUGGCCAAGAAGGCAAGUCCGCUCAGGUCACUGGUGCCGGCAGUUGCGGCAGAGGCCCUACUGAGGCUGCCUUGUCCGAAGGUUUGUCGCUGGUCCUUAUGCCUUUUAAGAGUGUUCCUCAGCAGGCUGCUCCCAGUAGCUCCAGUACUAUUGUCACUCAAGAGGUUCAACGAGCAUGCAAUUUUACAACAGUGGCCUCUCCGCUCGCGAAGAGAGCUUGUUUAGGUGGACUUGACAAGCUGAGAAUGAGAAAAAGCUCUUUGGCGCCCCCUUUAGGUUAUUCCCGAACACCCGUGCUCGCCGCUGCAUGUACGAGGGCCUUGUCAAUGACAAGCAUUGUUUCUGGCCGAUCCGAUACUAUUUCAAAUAAGUCCCUACCUCAAGCCCCUUUAAAUAACCAGGUAAGCUCAGCCCCGCCGCCCAUUCCUGCACUGCCCGCUGCAGAACUACCCCAGGUGCCGUUGAUUCCUUCUUAUCAAAGACAAAAAACCACCCUGCUUGCUCCAAGCACUAUCGACCUCACGCAGGAUGGCUAUGAGGGACCUAGCCAAGUCAUUGAGAUACAACGCAUCAAGUUAAAGCAGAUGGAGCAGGAAUUGGCUCGGCUGCGGAAGCUAAGCUCUCAGCGAAAGACAACGCUUCAAGGAAGCAUACCUUUGUCGACUGGCCAGGCAUCAAUAGUCAUCAUUCCGCAGCAGAAUGCAAACAACAACGAGCAAUCUCAAAGUUCGACAAACCAAGUAGAUGAUCAGGGCAAAUGUACAAACAACGCGUCUGAGCCGAGCUCUAUUCAGGCCGGUCAAGCAGCUCAGAGUGAGAUUUCGACUUCAAGUAGCUCACAGGUGACCGAAGUCUCCGCCCAACAAGUUGCUGCGCCACCACUUGGCCUUGGCAGCCAGGCCAGCGAGCCAGGAGGCACUUCCCCAGCUGAAGUUGUCCCCAAUUCCACUUCUGGAACGGAUGCACAAGAAGUAUCAUCCAGUUCGUUCCAAGGAUCUUCUACCGACAGUUUUGGUAUCAACAGUGCCUUAUCAAUCGCUUGCGCCGUCUCUGGCUGCAAUCGGACCUUUGCGUCACCCGGCCUUUUGAAGUCGCACAUGGUGUCGCAUCAAAACGAUAAGCCUUAUUGGUGCGACAUCUGCUCCUAUGAUGGAGUGAUACCUCGUCCUAUCCCGACUGAUACGCCGUGGGCAAGCUUGAUAGAGAAUGCAAAAGGCUUUUUGGAGGUUAAACGCUACAAACGGAACCAUGACCUACUGCGCCACAAGCGGGAGCAACACCCCCCAAUUGAGGUGAAGCUGCAGCGUGCGGCUGAGAGGAUGCAGGCUCGCGCCGAGAGACGAAGGAAGUCAGAGAAUGAGAAACGAGAGCGCCUGGUGCAACGGACAAUAGCCCGACGCGUAGAAAUCGGUGCAGCGAUGGUUGCUGCUGCUGCUGCUGUCGCUGCCGCCGCAACCGCCAGCGGGUACUGUGUUUCUGACGGACAGAGCACGUAUCCAACCCAUCAUGUCGGGGCCAAUACUGGGCCUUGGGGAAUGGGAGCAGCUUCUGGCUCAGGCCCUACACCCACAGCAGUGGGGGGAAUCAACAGUGAAAAUACAGUUCCAACAGCACAGUUGGAUCAGGCGAUGGAGCAGUACAGCACCCCAAUGCAUUACAACAACGGUGCCACUGCCGCCAGCAGUAUGGAAUACAAUAUUCACGCCACAAUGAUCCCACAUUACGGCUCUUUCAGCUCAGCCCAAAAUUCUGCCGUUGAGCAACUGCAAAACCUGGAAACCACUCAAGCCUCACAAUUACCAUUGCCCAAUCCUCUAAUCCCAAGCUAUGCCCUCCAGGUACCACAGACGCCACAGGUCCCCCAACCUACUAUGCAGGGCCAGUAUCUGCAGCAUGUCCAUUUUGAAAGCCCAAACUCUCAACAGUCGGCAUUCCCAGUUGCUGCACCUUCAUCCAUACAUAUGGAUACACAUAUCCUCAAUUAUCAGUCCCACCUUCAGCAACAAGCACUCUCUUACCAGCAGCAACUUCAGCAACAGUUAUAUUUGCAACAGCAACUUCAGGCUCAGAUGCAACUUCAGGCCCAGCUGCAGCAGCAGCAGCAGCAACAACAACAACAACAGCAACAGCAAUUUCAGCUUCAACAACAACAGCAAGAGCAGCAGCAACUCCAGCAACAACAACUCCAGCAACAACUUCAGCAACAACUCCAGCAGCAACUUCAGCAACAAGAGCAACAGCAGCAGCAAUUUCAACUUCAACAGCAACCUCAGCAACAGCAAGAGCAGCAGCAAUUCCAGCUUCAACAACAACCUCAGCAACAACCUCAGCAACAGCCUCAGCAGCAACAUGCUGGCGACGUAGACUCGAAUAGUGUCUUUCAAAAUAACACGCCUUCUCCGAUACUUGUAGUCAAUGCCAUCCAUCCUGACAUUAUUAAUCCCUCGCAGAGCCCGGACAGCGUAGCCGCUUCAUCGUCAGCAGUCAUCUCCGCUAUUAGCGAUGCCUUGUUUACGGAUAAUGUCUCUACCCCUGCGGUAGCUACUGUACCGUCAUCUUCGUUUGUCACCUCUUCUUCCAUCACUGAAGGAGGCACAGUGGGUGAUCCACCAGCGCUGCAACAUCCAGUAGCCGGCCAUUCUGGAUCUCAGGUUCCACUCGGCGCAUUCCCCACCAUGGAUUCUAACGACUAUGGAUCUUCUUUGGGCGGGCAAGUCUUUUUGCAACUUUCAGAUUUGGAUUUAUCCAACACAGGGCUGUUGAGCCAAGAGAGUGUAGUUGGAAAUGAGUAUGUGGAAUUGCAGCAGCAGCUGAUGGAUUUUGAGCAUAACGAUCGAUUUCUCAACUUUUAUCUGAACAGUAUCCUCAAUGACAACGAUUACAGCGGUAACACCACUACCAAUAACAGUGGCCAAGGAAAUGAUUUGGAUCAGAAUUCGCCUUCUCAGUGA